UUUUGCUAUUAGGCGGCAUCCUGUGCUCUUUCAUCAUCCUUUCUUCCUCCUUCUCCCUCGCCACCCCUCCCCCUCAGCUCUAGAUCCAUCAUCCAGGCUUGACACUCCCACCCGGCAGCUCUCCCAAUGUCCUCCUCCUCCACUUCCUCGCUCACCCAGCAGCGAAACCUCAUGAGCCAACAACUGCACUCUUCGCUCUCUUCACAACACCUCGCUCCCUCCAGUCCCUCAUACGCCUCUUAUGCCUCCUCCAUAUCGUCUGCACCUGGCUCACGACCGGCGUCUCCGGCCUCAAUGAACGCAGGCACCAUCAUUAACGUCCCAACACCCCCACAGUCCCCAACAUCCUUCCAGCUAAAGACGUUUGCUUCGUCCACGCCCUCCACACCGCCUGUCAGCACCGUGAUUAAUAUUGGAACUCCCGGGAGCCUCACACCUUCCUCCGCCUCAUCAUCUUACUUUCCACACAUCCCUCCACCUCCAAGCCCGACCGUCUCAUUAUUCUGGCUCCUGUCACAGCCUGUUACCCGCACAGUCAUUGCACUAACCAUUAUCAUGUCGCUGGUGGCCUUGGGAGAUACGUUCCCGAAGCACUGCACGGCUCCAACACAUGUGCUCUUCUCAAUGGAAUAUCUUUCACUCUUGACCUCGCCUUUUGUCGUGCCAUUGACACCCUCCCUCCUGGCUGCAGCCCAGGUCGGCCUGGGAUCGUCGCUCGUCCUUGCAGUAUCCAACAUCAUGUCGCUGGCGAUCUUUGAGGACCACUUGACGAGCGUCUUUAAUGGGGACGGAUCUAGGAUCUUCCGCAACCUGUUCGUGGUCGUGAUGUGCUUGGUCAUGGCACUGCGCCAGCUGAUGGGCUUUGUCUUUUCCCGGGCAACUGGCUGGCAUACUCCCGAUUUGUUCUUUAGCGAUUCCAUGUUUGAAUGCAACCUCGGUAAGGAUCACUAUCCGAUAGGAUGACACUUGACUCGAUCUAUACCAUGGAUAUCCCUUCUCCUUCAGCAACAACCACAACAACAACAACAACAAAAGAAAAAAAAAAGGAUAGUUGAGCAGGAGCAGGGUCACGGCGUGUGGACGGAUCUCAGUGCGGGGAUUGCGAUGAAUGCUUGCUGCGAACCCUUUUCAGAUUGCAAUAGUGGAGAGACAUUCCUCUUGCUAUUUUUACAACAACACGGACCUCUGCCAUGCACUUGGGCAAGCGUGCCAUUAUCCACAUUUGUCCUAUUCAAGCCAGCAAAACGUAUCUAGAUAUCCGGACAAAAGAACCCUCGGUGCGAAUUGCAUCAUCGUACAAUCAUGUGCGGGCAGCACCCAGGAGUGGGGGGUGCCUGAUUUAAGGGGGAUGGCGAUGACCUUUUCUUAUUCUUCCAUGCACCCUACCGGCUGCUGACUCUCUCGUCUAUUUUUACGCGA